AUGUCUGAAAGGUGUGCUAUAUCACCCAUACUGCCAACCAUCUUGCUUGCUGCCAUCAUCUUCCUUAUAUGUGGAGAUGGCAUAAUCUACAAAGUUUCGAUUCGAACAGUAUCUCUAGAUGAGAAAAGAAAUUCAAACUCAACAAUUACGUGCAUAACACAGUUGCAGAUUAAGCAAACGUUAGUUGGAGAGCCAAGGCAGUCCUCACCAGAAAACAGAGACGAAGAUGAUAGUGAAACUUUUGAUUCCUUAGUAGUUCCAUCCAAUCUUUCAGCAAAAGAUGCGAGAGUUGAUUGGUUUAGGAACCACCUUCCCAACUUUCGAAUUUUGCAGUCAAACAACUUGACGCAGCAGUUUCAUAAUCGACUUCUGGAGUUCCUCAGCCAUGAGUGUGAGGUACAAUUCUUCAUGACAUGGGUAUCUCCAGCAAGGUCUUUCAGAGAAAGAGAAUUAAUGGCAGCAGAAAGUGUUUUUAAGUCUCACCCCCGUGGAUGCUUAACUAUUAUAUCAAGAACGCUGGACUCAGAAAGAGGCUGCAAGAUUCUUAAACCUCUACUUGAUCAUGGGUUUAAAAUUCAGGCAAUCGCACCGGACUUGCCUUUGCUAUUCAGAAACACCCCGGUUGAGGCUUGGUUUGAUGAGAUGAAGAGUGGAAAAAAAGACCCAGGUCAGAUUCCAUUAGCUCAGAAUCUAUCUAACCUGAUGAGACUUGCAGUUUUAUACAAAUAUGGAGGUGUUUACAUAGAUACAGACUUUAUAGUUUUGAAGUCUUUCAUGGGGUUGAAGAACUCAAUUGGCGCACAAAGUAUUGAUCCGGUAACUAAGAACUGGACAAUACUGAAUAACGCUGUUCUUGUUUUUGAUAAGAAGCAUCCACUUCUAGAGAAAUUUAUGGAAAACUUUGCAUCAAAUUUUGAUGGUAGCAGAUGGGGAUAUAAUGGACCUUUUCUGGUCACCAGAGUAAUAGCAAAGGUAACAGGAGCCAGAGCAAGCCCCGGUUUCAACGUCACUGUACUGCCACCAGCAGCGUUCUACCCAGUAGACUGGAUUAAGAUUGGUGAACUUUUCAAGAAGCCAGAAAACCGGGCUGUUGAAAGUUGGGCAAAAGCAAGACUAGCUCAGCUAGAUAAUGAGACCUAUGGAAUACACCUAUGGAACAAGCAGAGUAAGAGUUAUGUGAUUCAAAAGGGAAGCGUCAUAGAACGAUUAUUCUCUGAUCAUUGCAUCAUUUGCAGCUAUACUUAGAAUUAGGGAAAGCUCAACGAGAGAAAAAAAAUGUAAAGAUGUAUGAAUAGUUACGAUUUAUUUAAUACACUAACACAGAACCUUCAGUAAGAUCGAAGUGAACCAUUUUCCUCACAAGAAUCAUAUGAAAUCAUGAUCUAAUCUUCUCUCAGAUGUAAAAUUCCCUAAAUUAUAGCUUUCUUAAUUUCUGAA